CGAUUACACUCAACCUGCCGGCUGAUAUCGACGAAUCGAUACACGCCCAUCGGCAGUCGAGUUAAUAAAUUAGAAGCGCGCGCUCGGUGGGCGAGAGAUCGCGGCAACCCGCCGCCGUUCGCGUGGUCCGACGUUUCAUCGCGAACUGAUCGAUCGGCGACGAUUGUUCGCUUGCUCAGAGGGCAGCGAGCGCCGCCCGAAGAUGACGGCUUGCGGCGGCCGCUAAGAGCCACCCGGACACAAGUCGCCGAGGCGAUGUCUGAGUGCGUGCAGCUGGCUUGCGCUGUGUGCCGAAUCGGCCUCUACUCGUGUUACAGGGUCCUGUGUUGUAAGGGCCCCCCACCGGCUCGCCCAGAGUUCGACGUGGUGUGCGUCGGCAUGACUGGAGCUGGCAAAAGCACUCUGCUCGCGCAGCUGUGUGGAGAGAGCAUCGAUGACAUCCUUCCCACCGCGGGUUUUAGUAUAAAGGCCAUCCCACUGCAAAAUGUUAUCCUCAAUGUGAAGGAACUUGGAGGUGGGGAUGCGAUCCGCAAAUAUUGGAGCCGCUACUACCAGGGUUCGCAAGGCCUCAUCUUCGUACUGGACAGCGCGGCAAUGGAGGAUGACCUGGAGGUUGCACGCUCCGAGCUGCAUGCCGCGCUGCACCAUCCGCAGCUCUGCACCCUGCCCUUCCUCAUCCUGGCAAGCCACCAGGACAAGCUGGGCGCUCGGUCGCAGCAGGAGAUCAAGAAGUACCUGGAGUUGGAGCCUCUUGCUAAAGGAAAGAAGUGGAUCCUGCAUCCGUGUUCGUUUGAGGACUUGGCAGCUGUGAGAGAAGGCGUCUGUCAGUUCCUCCAGCUCUUGGAAGAAGAACAGCUUCACGGCGCCCUCAUCACGGGCAGGAUAUGAUGCCACCAUUACUUCUUGAGCAUUGCAUAUCGUACAGUUGUUGGUCUCGAGGGCUCAAGGACGAAGUGAUUACUCUUGUUGGGAUCUACCGAUGGGAAUAAUUGCUUGGGCUGCCCAUAUAUUUUCUUUUCCCAAGUGAAAAGGCACAGGGCAGCAUAGGCGGAGAGCAGGAAUCUUUCGAGGAUACACAGGACUGCUUUGACUGAUGAGCCUCCGCAAGCUUGCGAUUUUUAUGAGGUGUGCAUACACAUCACAAUGUACGUUGAGGCCUCGACACACCGCUUCUUGAACUAUUCAUCCAUGCAUGGGGGCCUUGAGACAAUGGUGGCACUCAGAAUGCCACAAACCAACACGAUAAACGGCCACAAGAAGUGCUUUUUUCCCUCCAGAAGAUUACUUCAUCGGCAGUUCAGAGGGCACCUUCAAUUGCCCUGCUACAUUUUUUGAAAUGACUGCAACUGCCUUGGACUGCAACAUAAAUUGCAACAAAUCUCCUCUGGUCUUUGUGUGGACUUGGGGUAAAAUUUACCGUUUGCCAUGUUGGCGAAUAUGUGUGCGUGCAGUGUACAUAACAGCACUUAGAGUGAUGGGCUAUUAUUUGGUGGAUUCCAACUAUACUGGUCGGAUUUUUUUUUUGUCCUCGAAACGUCUUUUAUAUUUUUGUAGGUUUUUCUACUAGUGGGAUCUUCAUGUAUAGCUUCCAGACUGUUGCUCAACACACCCCCUCCUUGUCUACUCCCAUCACUGCAGCUCACAGGGCUCUGUAAUUGUUAAUGAGGCGCAAUUCUAUGCAGACAGCGUAGCCAGCCUGUGCGUUACAGUGCACUAGUUGAGCGUUGGUAUGCGCCCAUGCAUUCUUAAUUAUCGGAGUCCUCAAUUGCCCCCAAUUAGUGUUCUUUGUUCACUCGUGAAAUAUUGUAACAAUAACUGUGAAGGCACCUGUGCAUACCAGCAUGCUGAAGCACGCUUGUAAGGGCCAGCACAGGCGCGCGCGAGCGCGCCUCCCACGAGGGAAUGGAGCCGCCGUUGACAUUGGUGUUUUACACUCAAUUUGCAGCAGCGCAGAUGUUCGCAUUGUCUGGUACCAGGUGGGCUGCUGCAUUUAGAGGGGGUGAAUCCAAAAAGACGGGUGGGGGGCUGCGGUUGUUGUUGUCACGCUGUUAGGGGAACUUGCUAUAAAUUAAUCUCUGGAUGAAGACAAAUACAAUGUUGAAAAGUUGGAAACUUUGUGGUACUGUGCUGAUUUAUUUCUGUAUUAUUAAUAUUAUUUAAAAUAACAUACACUUUGCCAUUUCUGACUCUUAACAUUUUGUGAAAACAUGAUGCGUUGUGCACACACAUUAAUUUUAAGCCAGUUAUUUUUACAUCUGAAAAGUAAAAGACAAGCAAUUACAUAUUACACACCUCGCACAUUUUCUGAAAUGGUAAACGUGUAUUUUGAAAUAUGUUCGGCGAAAUAAGUAUUCAUGCCAGUUUAAAUUAAUACUUGUCAUUGUAAAUCUGAAAUGACUAAAGGUGGAUUCAACUGUAGUAUUGUUUAAAGCUUGCGUUUAUUAUGAGGACAACUCAUUUUUUAGAUAUGGGAUUAAGCUCAGGACUUGUAAGUGAAACUGUGGUCAUAUAUUCAAAAGUGCUCAACGUGGUCCUCGAUGAAAGUUACGACUGCAGGUAAAUGGGCUUUUUAUGGUACUACUUGGCUGUUGCCGCUGUUGGCAAUGCCCCAUGCAGCAGUCACACUGAUGUUGCUGGAUGCGCUCCUCAGACACCAAACCCAGUUCCUCGUCCACAUUUUCUGCUGCUCUUCACACUCUCAGCAACUAUGGCCACUUGCACCUGCCCGUCUGUUCCAGCGUGAGUCUUACCGGCUAACUCCACAGCCCUCUACCUCAUGGGAUUCUUCUGAAGGGGAAGAAAGGGAGGGUGGGGGAGAGACAACCGAGCGUGUCGACGUAUUUGUGAAGAAAAACAGAGUUGCAACUGCGAGCAAACGAAAUUCAAUUUGGUGUAGUUGCCCGCAAAGUCUUUCAUCACCGCAACCAGGUAGAAAGCAAGCGACGGUGUGAGUGAUGCUAAUAUUGAUUAGGCAAGUGUUCUUCAGAUCGGGGUCAACCACAUGCCGAACUUUCAUACCACGGUUACAUGAAACAUGCUAAACCUAAGUGUGAACUACCCAAGUGUGACUAAAUGGUGAUUUUUUUGUUCCGUAAUUUCUUGUCAGCAUGUUAAUUUAAAAGGUAUAAUACAUUGACAAUGGCUUCUAUAAAGUUUAACAUUUUUUCUUUAACGUAUUUGUUUUGCAUGUGUAAAAAAAAACAACUCCCCAAUGUGGUUAUGUAGGAGUAUUAUCAGACAGCACAUACCAUGUUGGAGUAGUUGAUAUCGCACCACUGAUAGCACGGUUGGCUACAUACGGUGCAAAAUAAGUUCUACGUACAUUUUGAUUGUUGGUUUAUGUUAAUUCUUGUUAACUUGUCACUAAAGUUAUUUAACGACUUGGUCAAUUGUACAGGGACGGGGAAUAAAAACAGCCCCUUAAGCAUUAAACUCCAUCCUAAACAGCAACAUUUAAAUCGCGUUUUAUGUGCAGUGUAUACUUGACGCCUCUGACCAAAUCACUGAAUGCGCUCCACCUCAUCAGGUAUCGGAAGCUAAGCAGGUUGGUGUCUGGAUAGUGCUUGGAUGGAUGACCACCAUGCACCAACAGGUUGUCAAAAGGCUUGUGGGGUGAUGGCAGUGCAGCACAUAUUAUUGUGCAGUACUUCUAUGCAUUGACAUCUAUGCUCCAUACCUCCAGGCGGCACUGACUAGCUUGGUAAAAUUUGGUUCAAUAGCCCGUGAGUACACGCAGAUGUGAGGCAAUACUCUAACUGUGGAUUGACAAAAAAAAUCUGCGCAUGUACAUACACUCAGGUAUAUGAACAUGUCUGCUGUGACGCAGUGGUUCUCAAAUGACAUUUGCGGUGUCUCUCCCCCCCCCCCCUACUCCAUCCUCCGAACUCCCAUGUCUACUGAUCUGUGUUCAGAUUUAAAAUAGAUAAUGCACAUUGCACGCAUCUGUUCUUCGGUAGUCGCGUAAAUAUGCACGGGGGGGGGGGGAUUGGUGGCGUGAAAUGGAGUACAGCGUUUAGAAACGGCUGCUGCGAACUCGGUUGUCUGUGCGACACUAAUGCAGUCACGUCCACGUUGCAGAUAUCAAACACCUCAAUCAUCUGCUUUGCGCGGGGGAUUGUGGUGAUGCAACAUUACGGCAUUGACCUUCCACCACUGACAUUUGCACCUACAACUGAACUCAAUCAAAGCAGUAUAACAUGAACCUGGGGCGCCGAUCAUUUGGCACGAACAUACAGAAACUGUUUUUUGAUGGCUGUGACCUUACCUUUGACCUUUUAAAGUAAAACAAAAAUCAAUACCAUGAGCUAUUGUGGUCUAGGAACAUCUCUUAACAUUUUACCAAGAUUGGUGAAAUGGCUCAAUAGAUGCCAUGGCAAUGGGCGGACAGACAAGGACAAUUACUCAUUCCCUUUGGUGCACGAGAACUAAUAUCGACCAAUUAUAGUUGUAAUUGAUGAUUAAAAUAAUCAAUUUUAAUGUAUUAAUCAAUUAUUGCAGGCCUGAUAACAUUACUGAUUGUUUAUGGGAUCAUAUAGGGCUUGAGAUUGCCAAUCUCUUAACUUUUUUCCACAUGCAUUGCUCUAAUUUAAUGACAAUACUAAAGACCCAGCAUUGAAAGCUUGAGUUUUUGCGGCAUGUCUCAUUUAUUUUGAUCUAUUGCCAGCUACUUUGAUUGUUUUUAACAAUGGGACUAUGUGCAUAUAUAUGUGCGUCGGUCUUUUGUUAAAUAACACAAGUUGGGACCUUGCAAACAACUCUCAUAAACAACAACAAAACAUUUUAUUUUUUUAAAGUUUUACACUGAUUUUAAAAGACAGGUUUUUUUUGUAUUUAUUUGAAAUUGCAGGAUUUUGUUUUUAUUAUAACUGCACAUGCCCUGUGUGGGAAACGACAUUGUGAAAGCACCUCUAGGGCAGUAUUGUAUUUCAGACAUGCGUCUAUUACAUAGAAAGUCAGAAUUUCCUAGCUGUCGUGUUUAAUCACAACAGCUACAAAUUAAAGUUUUGCUUUAAAAAAAAAGAACGUUAUUGUUACCUAAUCCAAACCCCUCCAUUUCUGCCGCAUAAACAAACGAGCUGCGCAUGUUUCUGGAAAAAAGUAACAUUGCUAGAAAUGGUAAUAAAAAACUAUCUUCGUGCCGUUAAAAUCGUACAAAUUUUCUAAGUGCUGACCACCUACAUUUAUAUAUUGUACACGCUUAAUAUGUUGUAUAUGUUAGUAAAAGUACCUUUCAUUUUUGUCUGGCUCACAGUACAAAGCCAAGGAGGUUCCAUGUGUGACGUUACGUAGCUUUAUACUUCCAAAAGCAGCAGUGCAAUUUGUGCCACUAAGCAUUUUGGCUUGAGCAAAAUGUCAGGCUGCUUCAGGUUAUGUGCAGUGUUCUACACGGCAGUGAUAGUCUGCCCAGCGGAUGUCUUUGAAUCUGCACAACGUCAAAUUAAUGGUGUGCAAAAUGGGAACCUAAUUGUACUAUUUGUUUUGUAAUGUUUAAAAGAACAGUGCUCUUCAUGAGCUUGCUCAGAACACCUUGGAUCUGUGUUGUUGCUGAAUAUACAUAAACACGAUCCAUUGGGUCUGAUUUUUUUUUACUUUUUUUUUUUAGAAACGUAAUUAUUAUUUGGUAUAACAGCCAUUUACUGUCUUCGGAGAAAUUGAAACUGCUGUUUGAGUAAUUUUGCCUUGAAGACAAUUCACACUUUACACUUCUGGAGUACAAAAGUUGAGAAGAGGCAACUCCAAUAGACGUUUACUUUUUACUCAAAUGCAUAGUUAUUUCUUUUGCAUGAAAGCUGUGCGCUUACAGAUGAAUUAUAAUAAUCCCACCGUACCAGUUUUCAGGGAAUAAAAAAUAAAUCUGUUGAACCCAAAACAAAGAAAAAAUAGCAUUCACAGGCAAAAACAUACCUACAUAUAUCACGUCAGCUUAGUAUAUGUCUGCAGUUCUAUCAUAUCCACAGCAGUUUCUCGUGGCGUGACCUGAUGUGAACCUAUUCUGGCAAAACCUGCUUUUAUAUAUUAUUUUUUAUGGCGAUGCAAAAUUUAGAGAGCUCCACUUUUCCGAUUUUUUUUCUUUUCACACGCAUUGAAUGCGUUGCAAGAGCACAAAUAACUUUAAGUGAGAAAAAUGCAUUUGAGAAAAUUGUAGCGAUAAAAUGUGGGGUUAAAAUAGAUCUCUUUUAAAAUAAAAUUGAGGGGCAUACGUUAAUAUUAGCGAGCGAGUGCACUAAUCUAAUUUUCUUACAAGCCACGUUGAUAAAUUCUUCAUAGUAUAGUGGUGUAUAAUUGUUUAUAUUGGGUUAUAUUUUUGUGCCAUAAGACCUUUUAUCCCUACAGCAAGGCAGUACUUAAUAAAAGUCUCAACGAUGUAAAUGACAUAAAA